UUAUUUGCCCCCCACCCCCUCCCAGUUGAGUGAUUGGCUUUGUGAUGUGUGCACGUUUUUUGCAGUUCCCUAUUUUCUGUGGCUGCCUCUCACUCACACACACACUCUAUCACUCUGCUCCAUGUUGCCAUGGCCUCUGUAGGCACAGAGAAAGGGGGUGGCAAGAAGAAAAGUGAGAAGAAAUUUGCAGCCAGAGAAGAAGCUAAACUUCUGGCAACUUUUAUGGGAGUCAUGAAUAAUAUGAGAAAGCAGAAAACUCUAUGUGAUGUAAUUCUGGUGGUGUCAGAUAGGAACAUCCCAGCUCAUCGAGUUGUCCUUGCAGCUGCGAGCCACUUUUUCAGUCUGAUGUUUACCACAAAUAUGCUUGAAUCAAAGUCUUACGAAGUUGAACUCAAAGAUGCAGAACCUGAUAUAAUUGAACUGCUGGUGGAGUUUGCAUAUACUGCAAGGAUCUCUGUUAACAGCAACAAUGUUCAAUCGCUGUUGGAUGCAGCAAACCAGUAUCAGAUUGAACCAGUGAAGAAAAUGUGUGUUGAGUUCCUCAAAGAGCAAAUUGAUGCUUCCAAUUGUUUGGGAAUAAGUGUGUUGGCAGAAUGCCUUGAUUGCCCAGAGCUGAAGACUUCAGCCGAUGCUUUCAUCCAUCAGCAUUUCACUGAGGUUUACAAAACCGACGAGUUUCUGCAGCUGGAUGUCAAAAGGGUGACACACCUGCUAAAGCAAGAUGCACUGACUGUUCGAGCAGAAGACCAGGUGUAUGACGCAGCAGUCCGGUGGCUGAAGUACGACGAACCCAAUCGACAGCUGUAUAUGGUUGACAUUUUGGCAAAAGUCAGAUUUCCCCUCAUCUCUAAGAAUCUCUUAAGUAAAACUGUCCAAGCAGAAUCACUCAUACAGGACAAUCCAGAGUGUCUCAAAAUGGUUAUCAGUGGGAUGCGGUACCAUCUUCUGUCUCCAGAGGACAGGGAAGAGUUGGGAGAAAGUACCCGACCACGGCAAAAGAAACAUGAUUAUCGGAUUGCAUUGUUUGGUGGGUCUCAGCCACAGUCUUGCCGCUACUUUAACCCUAAAGACUAUGCUUGGACAGACAUUCGUUGCCCGUUUGAGAAACGUCGGGAUGCAGCCUGUGUCUUCUGGGACAAUGUGGUUUAUAUUUUGGGAGGCUCACAGCUCUUUCCUAUCAAGCGGAUGGACUGUUACAAUGUUGCUAAAGAUAGCUGGUACUCCAAGCUGGGCCCACCCACCCCUCGAGACAGCCUUGCUGCCUGUGCUGCCGAGGGCAAGAUUUACACAUCCGGAGGCUCUGAAGUUGGAAAUUCUGCCCUGUAUCUGUUUGAGUGCUAUGACACAAGAACAGAGAAUUGGCACACCAAGCCCAGCAUGCUGACCCCUCGAUGCAGCCAUGGCAUGGUGGAGGCUAAAGGCCUCAUCUAUGUGUGUGGUGGAAGUUUAGGAAACAACGUGUCUGGAAGAGUCCUGAAUUCCUGUGAAGUUUAUAAUCCUGCCACUGAAUCGUGGACAGAACUUGCAGCAAUGCUUGAGGCCAGAAAGAACCAUGGAUUAGUGUUUGUAAAUGAUAGAAUCUAUGCUAUCGGCGGCCAAAACGGACUUGGUGGGCUGGAUUCCAUAGAAUAUUAUGAUAUUAAAACAAAUGACUGGAAAAUGGUAUCAACGAUGCCCUGGAAAGGGGUGACUGUUAAAUGUGCAGCAGUUGGCUUCAUAAUCUAUGUCUUGGCUGGUUUCCAGGGUGUUGGCCGAUUGGGCCAUAUUUUGGAGUAUAACACUGAAGUAGACAAAUGGACAACUAACUCCAAGGUCCGUGCUUUCCCUGUGACCAGCUGUCUUAUAUGUGUGGUCGACACGUGUGGUGCUAAUGAAGAGAAACUCGAAACCUAAAGGAAAGAGGAAAAUGCAGCAGAGCUUCAGAGGAUGGUGUCUGUCGAAAUUGCUUGUGCUGCCUAAAACUGUUAUUCAGAGAGAUUUCCUGUUUCCUUCAAGGUUUCUUCUUGUGACGCUACUAUUCUGACUUAUUUUCCAAGAAUUUCUAAGGUUAGCUGUUGAAUGUUGCAGCAAUUUUGUUUCAAUUGCUUUUUUAAAAAAAAGGUUAUUUUCAGUAGCUCAACAUUAGAACUUGGGAAACUUGUGAUUUUGACUUCAAUUCUGAUUUCACAUAAAAUCUCACCUCUGUAUGGUAGAGGGAGUAAGUAAUAGUUUUUUUAAAAACAAAUGUUUGAAAAUUGUAUUUUUGAAUGUUAAAAUGGGCAUUCAGAGGUGAAGGCUCUUUUAUAACUGGAUGGCCCAAGUGGCGAUUAAAAUAUUUUUGAGUGGGGAUAAUGUCUUAACUUAUGAAACUGAAAGAAUAAAUUGACCCUUGAUUAUCA